UCCCCUAACAUCCACACAGUGCCUGCCCUCGCUCCAUCUAGACCUCUGCUUUGGUGUUGCUUUAUCAAAGUUGCCUUUCCUAGCCAGCCUGUGUAAAAUAUCUCCUACCACCAGCUGCUGCCCUCAUGCUGUUCAUUCUUUCUGUCCCUUAUCGUCACCUGACACAGGCUUUUGUUUGUCAACCGCCCUAUUUGCUUGCACACCGCCUUAGGGUAGGUGCCUGGUCUGCUUGUCCUCAGCUGUUUGCCCACUUUCCAGGACCCUCAAGGUGGUCCUGAGAUGCAGCCUAUUGUCUGCCCUGGCCAAGUGCACUGCUGGGGCCAUCAUAUGGUGGCCUUAGGAUACUGUUGUACCAGGGGCUGCUGGGGAAGCCUUGGGGUGGAGAAGGAAAUAGUCUCAGAGACCACUGGGUAUUUAGUUCCUCUGCCCAUCCCAGGGCUUUCUGGCAGCCACAGACUUGGUCUCUGCUGCCAUAGACCUCUUGAGAUCUAGGCACGGCAGUCUCAGUGUUGCUGUGAAAAGCAGACUGGUCACGCUCCAUUACAGCCUUCCCUCUCCCUACAGUUUUGCCCGCCUCCUGGGGACAAGCUAAGAGAUGCAGCGAUGGCCGUCAAAGAUCUCCUUCCUCCUGGGCCUCAGGUUUUGGUUUCUUUUGAGGAAGUGGCUGUGUUCCUUUCCCGGGAGGAGUGGGGCUGUCUGGGCCCUGCUCAGAGGGGCCUCUACAGUGAUGUGAUGCUGGAGACCUACAGAAACCUGAUCUCACUGGGACUUCAAGGUUCCAAACCUGAUGUCAUCUCCAGGCUGGAGAAGGGGGAAGAGCCAUGGGCCCCAUACUCACCGAGAAUUGAGGAAGGCUGGAUCUGGAGUCAUGGGAGUGAAAGUUUUGAGUCUCGGACAGGAAAGAAGGGAUUGACUCCAAGACAGGAAAUUUCCAAAGCAGUGGGGUCCCAGAGAGCAAAAUCAGAAGAACAUGUAAAGAAUAUUUCCAAGGAACCUGAUUUUGAAGAGAUGAGUAAAACUGAGGGAAAAUUAAAGAACUGCUGGAGAAAAUCUGCAGAGGAAGGGCUUAAGAAAUCCUUCUCCCAGAAGAACAGUUCUGGGCCAGUGACAUUGACACAUAUGAAAACCCCUAUUAGAAGGGAAGGCCAGAAAUCCAGUUCUGUGGAGGUAAACUGCACUGCAGACCCAAACCCGUUUGGAUUUCAUAGAGCAUCUAGAAGGAAGAGUCUCCACCAGAAUGUGCCAUGUAUGGAUGACUAUCAGCAAAGCCAGGACCUCACUAAUCACCAGUGUUUGUCCCCAGAAGAAAGAGCCCGUCAGACAGAUGUGUGUGUGAAAGUGCCCAGGCAGAGUUCAGUUCUUAGUGAGAAUCAGAGGGUUAACAAUCCAGAAGAGUCCUUUGAGUAUAAUGAGUAUGGAAAACCUUUCAGCCUGAGUAGAACUCUUUCUCAGCAUCAGAGAAGUCAUGCUGGAGAGAAGCCCUGUGAGUGUGGCGGGUGUGGAAAAAUUUCUCAGCACUGCUCGGUCCUAAGCCAACAUCAGAGAGUUCACUGUGGAGAGAAGCGCCAUACCUGUGCUGAGUGUGGCAAAUCUUUCAGGGCUCAUUCCUAUUUCAUUCAGCACCAUAACACUCACACUGGAGAAAGACCUUAUGAGUGCAGUGAAUGUGGGAAAGCUUUCAGUGCACGUUCAUCUUACAGUCAACAUCUUAAAAUUCACACUGGGCAGAAACCUCAUGAGUGUCAUCAGUGUGGAAAAGCCUUUAGUCAUAGCUCUAACCUGAUUCAUCAUCAGAGAAUUCAUAGUGGAGAGAAACCAUACAAGUGUAAGGAAUGUGGGAAGGCUUUCAGUAGACACUCUCACCUCCUUCAGCAUGAGCGAACUCAUUCUGGAGAGAAACCUUAUAACUGUACUGAAUGCGGCAAAGCCUUCAGUGCACGAUUAUCUCUCAUUCAACAUCAGAGAACUCACACAGGAGAAAAACCCUAUGAAUGCAAUGAAUGUGGGAAAUCCUUUAGUUUGAACCGAACCCUUACUGUUCAUCAGAGAAUUCACACUGGAGAGAAACCCUAUAAGUGUAACGAAUGUGGAAAAUCCUUCAGUCAGCGCUCCCAAGUCAUUCAGCACAAGAGAAUUCAUACCGGAGAGAAGCCUUAUGUCUGCAAUGAGUGUGGAAAAUCAUUCAGUGCUCGCCUGUCCCUCAUCCAGCAUCAGAGAAUUCACACUGGAGAAAAACCUUACAGAUGCAGUGAGUGUGGGAAAACCUUCAGUCAGAAGGGACAUCUUAUUCAGCAUCAGCGAAUUCACACUGGAGAGAAGCCCUAUGAGUGUAAUGAGUGUGGAAAAGCUUUCAGCCAGAGUUUUAAUCUUAUUCAUCAUCAAAGGACACACAAUGGUGAGAAGCCCUAUGAAUGUAAUGAGUGUGAUAAAGCCUUCAGUGUGCUCUCUUCCCUUGUUCAACAUCAGAGAGUCCAUAAUGGUGAGAAGCCCUAUGAGUGUCACAAAUGUGGGAAGGCCUUUAGCCAGGGCUCACACCUCAUUCAGCACCAGAGGAGUCACACUGGGGAGAAACCCUAUGAAUGUAACAAGUGUGGGAAAACCUUUGGGCAGAUAUCCACCCUAAUUAAGCAUGAGAGAACACACAAUGGAGAGAAACCCUAUGAGUGUGGUGACUGCGGGAAAGCCUUCAGCCAGAGUGCACACCUCGUCCGCCAUCGAAGGAUUCACACUGGAGAGAAUCCCUAUGAGUGCAGUGACUGUGGGAAGGCCUUCAACGUCCGCUCCUCUCUCGUGCAGCAUCACAGAAUUCAUACUGGGGAGAAGCCUUAUGAAUGCGAGAAGUGUGGCAAGGCCUUCAGUCAGCAUUCACAGUUUAUUCAGCAUCAGAGGAUUCACACUGGAGAGAAGCCCUACAUGUGCAAUGACUGUGAGAAAGCCUUCAGUGCACGCUUAUCCCUUAUCCAGCACAAGAGAAUUCACACAGGAGAAAAACCUUACAGAUGCACUGAAUGUGGAAAGUCCUUCCGACAAAGCUCUCACCUUAUUCGACAUCAGAGAGUUCACAGUGGAAAGCGCCCUUAUGUGUGUAAUGAAUGUGGGAAAACUUUUAGUCAGAGAAAAACUCUUACUAGUCAUGAGAAAAUUCACACUGGAGAGCAGGCCUAUGAGUGUAUUAAAUGUGGGGACCUCUAGUGCACAGGCAGCUUUCAUUCAGCACCAUAAAGUUCACAGUGGAGAAUAACUGCUUUAUUCGAUAAAGUCUUCACUGUUGUA